UCCGCCGGCCGCAUGGGUGCCUCGUGGAGUGAAGCGGUGCGGGGCCCGCGGGGCUCGCGGGGGCGCGCGGGGAGCGGCGCAGGCACACGCGCUAGUCCCGGGCGGCCCCGCGGUCCGCACCUGAGAAUGCUGCGGCAGGCGCUCCGCGGAGGGCUGCGGGCGUGCGGCCGCGGGCUGGGCGUGUGCGUGGGCCGCCACCCCGUCCUCUUCCUCACCGUGCCCGCCGUGCUGACCAUCGCCUGCGGCCUCAGUGCGCUGCGCCGCUUCCAGCCCGAGGGCGACCUGGAGCGCCUGGUGGCCCCUAGCCACAGCCUGGCCAAGAUCGAGCGCAGCCUGGCCGACAGCCUCUUCCCGCUGGAGCAGUCCAAAAGCCAGCUCUAUUCGGACUUGCACACCCCUGGGAGGUACGGCAGGGUGAUCCUCCUCUCGCCACUCGGGGACAAUGUUUUGCUCCAGGCCGAGGGGAUCCUGCAGACCCACCGAGCCGUGCUGGAAAUGAAGGUGAACCACAGGGGCUAUAAUUAUACUUUUUCCCAUCUGUGUGUGUUGAGAAAUCAGGAUAAGAAAUGCGUGCUGGAUGAUAUUAUUUCAGUACUAGAGGAUCUCAGGCAGGCUGCCGUCUCCAAUAAGACAACAGCCAGGGUGCAAGUGAGGUAUCCCAACACUAAAUUAAAGGAUGGGAGGAACAGUUUCAUUGGACAUCAGCUGGGCGGGGUAGUGGAAGUGCCCAACAGCAAAGACCAGCGGGUCAAGUCUGCCAGAGCCAUUCAAAUCACCUACUACCUCCAGACCUAUAGCUCUGCCACCCAAGACCUCAUAGGGGAGAAGUGGGAGAAUGAGUUCUGUAAGCUCGUGAGGAAGCUCCAGGAGGAGCACCAAGACCUCCAGCUCUACCCUCUCGCAUCCUUCAGCCUCUGGAGAGACUUCCAUAAGACCAGCAUCCUCGCCAGAAGCAAGGUGCUGGUGAGCCUCGUGUUAAUCCUGACCACAGCCACGCUGUCCAGCUCCAUGAAGGACUGUUUGCGCAGCAAGCCCUUCCUGGGCCUGCUGGGGGUGCUCACCGUGUGCAUCUCCCUGGUCACGGCAGCCGGGAUCUUCUUCAUCACGGACGGGAAGUACAACUCCACCCUGCUGGGAAUCCCGUUCUUCGCCAUGGGACAUGGGACAAAAGGUGUGUUUGAGCUUCUGUCUGGAUGGCGGAGAACUAAAGAGAAUUUGUCCUUUAAAGAUAGGGUCGCAGAUGCCUACUCUGAUGUGAUGGUUACCUACACUAUGACCAGCUCCCUGUACUUCAUCACUUUUGGAAUGGGUGCCAGCCCUUUCACAAACAUAGAGGCUGUGAAAGUCUUCUGCCAGAACAUGUGCAUCUCUAUCCUGUUGAACUACUUCUACAUUUUCUCCUUUUUUGGCUCCUGCCUGGUCUUCGCUGGCCAACUAGAACAAAACCGCUAUCACAGCAUCUUCUGCUGCAAGAUCCCCUCUGCAGAGUACCUGGACCGCAAGCCCAUGUGGUUCCAGAUGGUGAUGAGUGACGGACACCAGCAGAUGUCCCACCAUGAGACAAACCCCUACCAGCACCACUUCAUCCAGCACUUCCUCCGGGAGCACUACAAUGAGUGGAUCACUAACAUCUACGUGAAGCCAUUUGUCGUCAUCCUCUAUCUCAUUUAUGCCUCCUUCUCCUUCAUGGGGUGUUUGCAGAUCAGUGAUGGAGUCAACAUCAUCAACCUUCUGGCCAGUGAUUCUCCGAGUGUUUCCUAUGCCAUGGUUCAGCAGAAAUACUUCAGCAACUACAGCCCUGUGAUCGGGUUCUACAUCUAUGAGCCCCUUGAGUACUGGAACAGCAGUGUCCAGGAGGACCUCCAGAAGCUCUGCAGCGGCUUCACCACAGUGUCCUGGGUCGACCAGUAUUACCAGUUCCUGAAAGCCAGUAACAUCAGCGCCAGCAACAAGAGUGACUUCAUCAGUGUCCUGCAAAGCUCAUUUUUAAAAAAGCCAGAGUUCCAGCACUUUCGAAACGAUAUCAUCUUCUCCAAGGCAGGGGAUGAAAACAGUAUCAUUGUUUCCCGCAUGUACCUGGUGGCCAGGACCAGCAGAGACAAGCAGAAGGAACGCAUAGAAGUGCUGGAAAAGCUGAGGCCCCUGUCACUUUCAAAGAGCAUCCGGUUCAUUGUGUUCAACCCCUCCUUUGUGUUCAUGGACCACUACAGCCUGUCUGUUACCGUGCCUGUGCUGAUUGCAGGCUUCGGUGUGCUGCUGGUGUUAAUCCUGACGUUUUUCCUAGUGAUCCACCCCUUGGGGAACUUCUGGCUCAUUCUUAGCGUCACCUCAGUUGAACUGGGUGUUCUGGGUUUAAUGACACUAUGGAAUGUCGACAUGGAUUGGAUUUCUAUCUUGUGCCUUAUCUACACUUUAAACUUCGCCAUUGACCACUGUGCACCCUUGCUUUACACGUUUGUGUUAGCCACUGAGCCCACGCGAACACAAUGUAUAAAAAGCUCACUGCAAGAGCAUGGAACAGCCAUUUUGCAGAAUAUCACUUCUUUUCUUAUUGGGUUGUUCCCCCUCCUCUUUGUGCCUUCAAACCUGACCUUCACACUGUUCAAAUGCUUGCUGCUUACUGGGGGUUGCACAUCUCUGCACUGUUUUGUUAUUUUACCUGUGUUCCUAACCUUUUUCCCUCCUUCCAAAAAGCACCACAAGAAAAAGAAACGUGCCAAACGAAAGGAGAGAGAAGAAAUUGAAUGCAUAGAAAUUCAAGAGAACCCCGAUCAUGUCACCACAGUCUGAGGGCAGAGUCCAGCGGAUUAUUUUUAUUUUCCAGUAUUGCACACAAAGCAGGAGGAGGAGCUCAGACCUCGGCGGCUUGGGCUGGCCAGGGGUAACAAGGCAAGUCAGACAAGAGCACCCCCGUGACAUGCAGUGUCUGCCUCACAGGGGGAAGAGAGAAUCAAAUGGGGGAAUGUCCUUUACAACCUUGUUCUCCAUGAAAGAUAAAUCUCUGGAUGUGAUCUUAGAGCUCUUCCAAGGAAUGGCAAAAGAAUCAACUGCUUUUAAAAAGAGAAGCUUAGAAAAGAUGGAGAAGACAGUAAAAGUGCUCUCCAAAUAGGGAAAGUGACUUAGGAAAUGUCCAAAUUGCCAUGUCACAUUCCGUGUUUGCUUUUUGAACGGGUUGGUCAAAAGAAACCUAUGCAGUUGGGAAGUACAUAUUUAAUCCCGUCUAAACCAAAGCACUUCCCAAUCCAUUGUAUGCGUACAUAUAUAUGUAUAUAUACCAUAUAUACAUAUGCUCAGACUCUCAUGUUCAUUGAUGUUUGUAUGCAGGAAGGUGCCCAUUUGCAGACAGGCUGGCCUAGACCAAGAGCGUCCAAUCAACUUUAGCCAAAUACACACAUUCAUCGACUGCCAUGCACAACUAACCCCCGAGUCUCAGCAGCAGCAAGGUGGCACUCAGCUGUGUGAUGAGCGAGGCACAUGGAGAUGCCAUAUUGGAUUUCACAUAUCACAUUGCCCGUCAUUAGAAUUCUAGCUUGGGAUGCCUUUGCAUUUGAAGUACUUACCAUACAGGUGAUGUUUAAAGUCUCCUCUUAAAGCUACAUAGUUGAUAGGGCUUUCCAUUGACUUUUAAUCAUUCUCUGUAUUUGGAGGGGCUGAUGUGGCUACUUGUAGAGAGCUCACGCACCUGCAAAUGAGCACUUUACACACAUUGUCUGUAAGGGUACACAGUGUGCGUGUGUUUGUGUGUGAGAGAGAGAGUUGGGAUAUUCCAUAAUUACAGCUUUCUUAUUUUAGCUGGUGAAAAUGUACUGCUAUGGAAUAUAAUUGACACAGAAGAAAAGAAACAUAGCUGGGACUCUUGCCAUAGAGCAAAGUGGACCAUCGCCACUCAUGGCGCACCAUCAGUGGCUCCUAGUAUAAGGAAAGUGUACUAAUAUCAUUAAGUCUAGUGUGCUUGCACUGAUAUUAGGAACAUGUACCCAGGCCAUGAUCACUAUAGUGUCACCGUAACUGCUGCAGUAUCACUUUGUAGCUUCUUGCAACAUCAUUGUACUUGUCACUUAGGAAGUAAACCCUAGGUGAUCACAGCUCUCUACAGAUGGCAUGAUAACUGUAACUGCUGCUGAAUUCUUUCUUUUAAAAAGGGUACUGAGGUAAAUGUUUCCUUUGGGUUAAACAUUUAAACCUUGCAGACAGAUUCAGUCUGCUGGGUGCUUGUUUGGAUUAAUGCUAUGCUUAUUGUUGAAGAAAAACACUGGGAAAUGCCUUUUCCCAUGCCUUUAUUUCCAGGUAGGACAGAACAAAUGUCCAGUGAUUAUAAAAUCUGCUUAUUAAGCUCUUUUACCUGAAGAAAGCUGCUUUUCCCCACCAAUUUUGAUUAUACAUUUUAAUUGAAUUACCUAAAACAAAACUCAUGGACUCAGGUUCUAAAAGGAGAUAUAAAACCUUUCUGUCCUUAUUACAAUCUUUGGAGGUGGAGUAGAUAGGCUUAACAAAUGUUUUCAAUGUACUUUUAACAACAAAGAGUUUGUAAGAACAUGAAAGGAAGAGGGAACAUAUUCUAAAUAUGUAUUCUGAAAAACCUUUGAGUAAAACAUUUAUUUAUUGAAUGAAGUUUGUUUUGUCCUACCUUAAAGUUAUUGAGUUUCUAGUAGAAAUGAUCCAUGUAUUCAGUACCCUGGGCACAAUAUCAGUAGAUGUGAGGUUGGAAAAGAAUUACCCAUAGCCAUAGAUCUAUUGUUCUCACUGUGUUUGUGAAGUUUGUGUCCAGAGAAGCCUAGCCUUUACCUCAUGAACUGCUCUGCUAGGAUGGACCAGUGGACCUCCAGGUCAUGAUCUUGCAUUUGAGGUGGAAGUUUCUGAAUUGGGGUUUUGGGUUUUAGAGUUGGGAGGUGGUCCUCUUUCACAGACUACCUAUCAUUUGUGAAUAUUUUGGGUACCUCUUUCAAUAGAUGGAAGGUACUAAGCUUCAAAGUUCUGCAUUUCUUUCCAUGGUGUGCACAUCCCAUACACUCAUCUGUUUUUAAGUCUGUCAGUUUUGAUGGGUUUUUUUUCUUGAUUACCAUAAACCAUUCCAGACGCGAAGAAGUUGGCAGGAUGAUUUAUGAGAAACUCACCACCAAAUGCAGAUGGGACAGUGGUGUAUCCUGCCAAACCUGCAGGGCAGCUCUAUGAUCAUGUUUGUGUCCAGACUGUCUCUGUUUGGAUGGCAAAAGUCUUCUUUUUAGGUGUCUUCAAGGAUCAAAGUAUCUAAGAUAAAUAAGAUUUUCUCACUGUUCAACUGACUAGAGAGGUGGCAGUUUGGAAGGGACAUUAUCUUUUCCAGAACAUCAUGGUACUCUUUAGUGAUCUGUAGCAAUAACUUACUGAAAUGGAACUCUUUGUUCUGGAAGAGUUAAUACACCACCCCAAAUGCCUUAACUAAGUCCUAGGAAGUAAUUGAAGCCCCGAAGAAUCUAAAUGAGCAUUAUCUAACUUCCCAGUUUCAUUAUGAAACAGAUAUUUCCAAGAAUCCCAUCUGCUGAGUGCCAAUAUGAACCCUAAAAUAUGAGAUCAUGGUUUUCAGGUGGCCCCCAACCUCAGCAUUGUUUGCUAGCUUGUGUGUACCUCCCUCUAGUUUUUCAAGAUUCCUCUUAUUGUUUUUUUUCCACUUGUGAACUACUGAUGGUGUUCAAAUUAGGAACAUGUCCACUAUCAACAGAUCACUAAUCAAACCCAAAAGAGAAGAAAUCUGUGGGAAAUAUCUCAGCGUUGUGGAAUAUUUUAAUUGAAAGUGUUUUUCCCUUAAAGAGAGAAAUUUUUAAAGUUUGCAAAAAAAUCACACCUUUUUGGUAUUUGAACUGGAGUGUGAAUUUGUGUCCCCUCCCCCAUCAGAAUUUAAACUGGGAAUAGGAUGUACAAUAUAACCUCAACUGUCCAGGUUCAUGACAUUCUUAAAGUUUCAAAGAGGCACACAUCUAAAUUACAGAAAGAGAUUUGGCUGUCAGGUAGAUUUCUAACUUCAAUGGUUAAAGGCAAUCAUAGACUGACUUACACCAUGCUGAACUCCUUUUAAUGAAGGGCACCAUUGGAUGAGAAUUCUCACAGUGACCCUGAGCCACUUGGAAGGCCAUAUAUGAAUAUUCGGUGGUGAAAUUCUUCUCAUCUGUUAUGUGAGCUCCUCUCUCCCAUUCAUUCCUAUUUAUUUCCACAGAAAUACAUCCAUUCAUAGGUUUUAACUUGGGAUAGAAAAGGAAGAAUUACAAUCUGUGAAGCCCCUCUGAUGCGGUCAUAGCCAUCCUUGUCUGUUGGACUCAAAUAUGAGAGCUUUGUCCAUUUGUAAUUACCCAUACACUUUCACUUUCCCAGAAUCAGCUACUCCUUCUAAACUUGUGGGCAACGCUAGAGGUUAACUAUUACCAUUCAGUACUACACGUAUUUUUAUAAGUUGACUAUAAAUUUCAUAAUUACAGUCACAUAUUUUUAUGACCAAAUAUUUAUAAAUGCAUGGCACUAUGCAUGGAUUGUUACUAAUAGUACAUAGAUUAUUAAAAACACGAUUUUUCAGGGUUAUUACAACUUUUAUUAAAAUGUUCACAUCACCUAUCAUAAAUGCCUUGUGGCUUUUGGUCUCCAUGCCCUAAAGUCCACAGAAAGUUCUAUUGUAAGAGAAAUAAUUUGAAAAUUGCCUUCCCUUGUCAACAGCAGCCACUAUUCUAGAAUGUCCUCUGGAAAACUGCAGGGAUCAACUUCAGCUUCCAGGGGAAGGGUCUAGCAGAUUUCUCAUUAGUCAGUCAUUAGACAUACUUCCGUAUCUUGCAUUUGCUAAUGUCUCAGUGAACCAGUGGAUAUUUGAGACUGGAAUGUAGAUAUUUAUGUCCUAUUAGAGAAGUAAAUGAUUUGCUCAGCAUCCUAGCUGAGGAAUCUCUCUGCUGAUUCUAUUUUGUUAGUGUUUGCGUAUAGUACUGAUAAUCCUUGCAAAUGUGAACCUGAAACCUUCCAUUGAUUUCAAAAGAGAUUUAGCAUUUUCAUUGACUUUAAAACAAGUCUUUUUUUGUUAAUUAUAUUGAUACAUUUAAGGUAUACAAUAUAAUGACAUUCAUCAUUGGAAAUUUCCACCUUUACAUAAUCCAUCUUGGUUCUUAUUUUUUCCCCCUUCCCCUGCCCUCCCUUCAACCCUUCUACCCCUCCCUAUCUACAAGACUUUGUUUCCAUUUUUUCUUUUUCUCAUAUUAAUUCCAUUCCCUUCUUUCUUUUCCCCUACCCCUCCCAUUUUCCCUUCCCCUAAAGUUUAUGAAACAUGUUGACUGACUCAAAACAUACUGAUGACUGAAUUGGUUUUUCCUUGAAAUCUCUCCAUCCUGAACCUGAAAACAAAACUCAACACCAUCCCUGUGCUUCAGUCUUUUAUGCCAAUGCUUUUAAGCAAUGAUUGGCAGAUCUAUUGUUGGGGGUGGGGGGGAUACGCUAGUUUUUUUACUGCUUUGCCUUCCAAAGGAAUGCAAUAAUACAUUGACCCAAAUGAAAGCAGCAAAGCCUCUGUGCCUGAGAUCUAGCAUGGGAGACACUGUGUAGCAGUGUAGCAGCAGUGACUUAUUUUGAUUCCUAAAGGACUAAGGUUGAACCACCUUCAUGUUUUAGCAAGGAUAACAAGAGGUAAUGCUCUGCAUCUGAAGUGUUGUGGAGUUGAGUUAGAUGAUAUCUAGACUGAUAUUGUAAGAAUAUUGAGAGCUGAGUCCACAUCUCAGAAACCAUGAAGUCUGAUAGGACAAUUAAGAUAACUCUUGGUAUUGUGUAGGUUAGGAUACAGCACAGAGAAUUGGGUGGUAUCUCUCAACUAUAGAUUGUUAAAUGCUAAACAGCUGGAUUAUAUGAAAAACUAUCCCACUUGAAGAUUGUGUUCUCACACUCAAACCCUGACCUGUGCAGGGAAAGUGCUCCUGAAUUCCUAUGCUUGAAUCAAACCCUUGGACCCUUUUGUGAAUGGAAAUGAGAUGCUAAGGACACUCUUUGAAAGGGGGCUCAGAGAAACACUCAGGAAAUUAUUAUGGACUGUGACUGCCAGAAUUUCUUGAAUUUGGGGAGUUUCUGAGAAUAAUUGUUUUGAUCCGUCUUCUCUACACUCAAUGAGGACCUCUCUGUGGCUGAUGGAGAAGUCACUUGCUUUUCUUGUGAAAUGGAAAACAACUGAAGGAGAGCAAUAUUUGGGAUCUGAUGUGUAUUGACAGGGGAGAUUGUUGGCUUACAGAUCACAUCUCUCUCCACACUUCUAAAGAUUCUGUCAAAAUAAAACAGGCUUAGACUAUACUGAGAACCUGUAUAGAUAGAUAUUUUUAAUACAAUAAAGUAUUUAUAAAUAAAAUCAUUACUAAUUUUUCACUUUUAUAAAUUAAAGAAAGCCAGUGCAUACUAUUUUUCCCAGUUGAAUUUUCCCUAAGAAAGUUCUUAUGGGUCACACUAAUUAUGAAGUCUUAAAAAUCAGAAGUAAAGUGCAGGAGCCAUACAGGUUAUGGGUGAUGCCUGCUUCAAGUUGUGUGUUUUUAUUUAACUGGGUUUUUGCAAGUCACUUGUAACUGUGUUCUAAUUUCUUGUCAGCUCAUGACAUAGCCCAGGAUGGCUUCUUUCUGCUCUGCAUACAGUUAUUGGAGCAACCCCUUAUCCACAGGGCUCUGUUAACCCCAUGGAGAAAUAUGAAUUUUAAUGCUUUGGGAGAUGUUAUGGAAGAAUUUCCUGAGAAUAGCUGGGAGAGACUGUCACAGAUAAAAAAUAAGUGAAGUUUUUUUCACAAAUUGUCACAUUCCAGCCUGGAGUAGAUUUAAUUUAGGUUCUUAGUUAGAAGUAUGUUGUAGGGGCAUUUAAAUUAUCUGAAUGUAAGAUGGUCUAUAGGCUCUCCCCCUGGAAACUGAAAUCAUUUCCAUCAUUACAUUCAGUAGGGUCACAGAUCACUGGUAGCUAUAUUGAAAGAACUGCAGGGGGGUGGGGGGAGCAGACUGUCAUAGCCUUACCUCUCCCACUACAGUAUGUAAUAUCUAUUUUGAUGUAGAAUCAGGAAACUGUAGCAGCUUUUCUUCCCAAAUAUAAAAGUGCUAGAUGCUGGUAAAUUAGACCUUAAGCUCACCAGUGCAAAUAUUCUGAAGUUUCAGAAGAGUUUAAGCAACAACUUUAAUAUACUUUCCUGUUAAUUAUUCAUAUUUUUCAGCAAUAGACUUUUUGCUCGUAAUAGGAAAUCUGUCACCGCUUGAAAAGGGCAGAGAUCUCUCCAAGCUACCUCAAAGGAUAUUUAAAGACAAAAUGGAAUCCAAUCUUUAAAUGGCAAUAUAUUACAUCCAUAAAGCAGUAUUAUUUAUCACCUCUCCUGAUGCCCUUUCACCCAACGGUGCACAUUUUAUCAGUGAAAAGAAAAAAAUCAAUUUGUUUAAUUUUCUCAGCCCAACAGAAAGAGACAAAGUUACCAUUAUUUGGCAUCUUAAGUUUUCUUCUCCAAUGGAAGCCGUUGCUACUAUUUUCAGCUAAACCAUGGUCUGAAAUACAGGUCACUUGAAGUCAGUGAGAAGAAACUAGUGGAAGGAAAUCUUCUGCCCACAGAAAAAUCAUGGGCAGGAGAAUAGAAGUUGAGCAUUUUUAUUUCCUUUUCUUUCUUAAAACAAAAACUUGUUUGUUCUUGAUACUGGCUAAACAAAAUGCUAAUUUCUACAAGGAAAUUAAGAAGAAUGAUAACAAAGACAAAAUUAUGAGACUUCCAUGUCCCAACAAGCUAAACCUCACGGCAGACCACCAUUUCCAGAAGGCUUUCCCAUAAGAACAUUACAUUAUUUUUUAAAUUCUCUAUUGCAUACAAAUUCUUACUGCAUACUAUUCAUGAACACAGCUUCAUUUAUCACUCCCAAGAGAGUAAAAAUAAGCUCAUAAACCAUUUAAAACUCUCUGUUCUAUAAUUUUGCACUUUGGGCUCUAAAACCAAAGCUACUGGGUUGUGGAAAGUUUAAAAAAGAAUUUUUAACAAAAAUGUCUAUAUCAAAAAUUUACUUAAAUUCUAUUUUGAUCUGAAAAUAUCCUCUCUAAAAUAAGGAACUAUUUGGAUACCCAUUUUAGAUCUUUUUUUAUAUUAUAUACAUAUUUUAUUAUAUAUUUCAUAUUCUGCUAAUACUUUAGAUGUUUAUCCAUAAAACUCUUACUUUUUUACUUAAAUUCUUUUAUUGGUACAUUUUAGGUAUACAAUACAUUUACAUUUAUCAUUGGGUGCUUGUACCUGUACAUGAUGUAUCUUGGUUCUUAUUUUUUCCCCAUUCCAUGUCCUCCCUUCACCCCUCCACCCUUCCCUAUUUACAAAGACUUUCUUUCCAUUUUUUCCUUUUCUCAUAAUUUAGAUCUUAAUGAGCAGCAAAAAAUAAAAAGUCAUUCCAAAGUUUCCAAAUUGCCCAAAUUUGGUCCAUUAUCAAAAUUUAUCUCUUCCUCAUAAGUAAAAAGAAAAUAUGACAGGUAUUUAUAACUGUAACAUGAAUGAAUAAAUAAAUGACUCCUUGUAGAUUAGUGCCUGUAAAUAUACAUUUAGUAAUUAAAUGAAUCUCAUAUACAUUCAAGGGAAGUUGUGUUCCAAAUAUUUCCUUAUCUAUUAUUAUUUCCAUACUUUGGAUACAAUGAAAUAAUAUUUUAGCAGAAUUCCUCAGGAUUGCUUUGCUUAGGAAACCUAUGAUCCAAAGUCUACAAGUAAAACUCUGAAGAAAAGUAACAACAGACUCUUAGCUACUUGGGAAAAUGUUCUCCUAUUUACUAUAGAGCCAGUACAUAAAAUUACUUAUAGCAUUUCUGGCUCCCUGGACCUUUUAUAACAGCAACAACAAAAACCUAGUUCCAUUAGACUUAAUAAGGAACACCUAGUGUAUUAAAAACAGUGAUAAAUUAUGCAGCUAUUUCACUCUGUGGUUGCUGAGGGACAUUGCCAUUACCAGUUCUUUCUUGGUCCCAACCUCAGGCACGAGGAGAGCAGGUUGUUCUGAGGUUUGCUGUUGCUCCUUCAUUUCCUGUUAUUAGUAGCAAAUGCCGCACAGAGCACACUAACAUGACUCACGCAUCUGACCUCAGUGAGAGCUCUGGGCUUCCUAACUUCUGCGGAAAGAUUGCUCUAGGAUGAGAAUUAAACUUCCUAAAUAUGACAUCUCACAUAUCACAAUGUGACAUAUAUAGUCUGUAUAUUUUUAAUCCUUUAUUGAUUUGCAGGUCCUAAAAAUUAUAUUUUAUCUUUCAAAAAUUAGAGAUAUGUGCAUUAAAAAUAAUACUAAGAUAACACUUCUCAAUUAUCUCUGCAUGGUUAAGGUAGGACAUUAUUUUGAAAUAAAUACAAAAGUGUAUUUUCAUCCCUAAGAGGUAUUUUUAAUGAUUCCUUAAAUUUGUAAAUGUCUCUGGAACAUGUAAAUCAGUAAAAUAUUACUGAAAUACCCCCAUUAAUCAUAUUAAUUUCAAACUGAAAGCAAUUAAUAAUUUACUGAAAUAACCCCCAUAAUUUGAUCAACAUGACAUCUAAACCACCUUACCAAUGGUUCAAAUGAAUUCAUGUAAGCCUCUUGCAAUUCAUUGUCCUUUCUGAUAAGAUGAAAUGCUACAGCCUAGGACACACUUUAUAGUUAACCAAAAGAGAAUAUGAAUUGGGCCCGGGAUUUAGCUCAGCGGUUCUGCUGUGUGCCUCGCAAAGCACAAACUCCCAAGUUCAAUCCUCGGUACCAAAAAAAAGAAUAUGAAUUGACACAAAAAAAAAUGUGUAAGGACCAGGUGAUUUUUUAAAAAAGAUAUAGGCAAGAACAUCUUAAAAACUAAUGCAAACUUUCAAAAAGGAGACUAUAAACAUCUGAGCAAAAAUGGGGGGGGCGGUUCUUUGGUUUCUGUUUGUUCAUUUAGUUUGGCACUUCUUUGUUUAUUUUAAACAUGUUGGAAGGAGUCAGAAAAAUCUUGACAUAUAUAACACUCUAAAAGGCUCUAGUAUUUCAAGACUGAUUUGCUUAGGAUGAUUUCUGAAGUUCUCCUCAAUUGUCUCGGAUGAUGUUCAUUUACUUAGCAAAUACUUAGGGGCACCUCAUUUGGUCUCUGUGCUAAACUCUGAAAAACACUACAGUCAGAACUCCUGACUCUGAAGCACAUAUCAUCUGUUGAAGAAAUUUCUGCCUGAGGUGGGUGCUCAAGGAAAAGGAGGAAGGAGUCAUGAAUGGAUCCCCUAGGAAGCUUCAGUGAGCUGGCUGCUGCAUCUGGGGAAAUGGAACAUCUGAGAACGAGCAGGUGGUCCAGGAGGAAGGCUGCAGCUCCUGAGACAGCAGGAGCCCAAGGGGAGGAACAGCAGGUGGGAGUGGAAACGAGAAUCCAUUGUGAAUGACACUGUGAAGGAUUACAGGUCAUAACAGCUUCUGAGGAGAGGUGAAUCGUGAGGAAAUAGCUCCAUUUCUGUAUCAUUAAAAUCAAGGAUUCAGAACUUCAGCAGCAUCACGUAAAUCUGUAUCCUCUGUUGCUUAGAGUAUAGAUCUGAUUAGAAGAGCCCAUUUAUCGCGUGUGUUUGAUUCUUCUGAUUGUGGAGCCCAUCUGUGUUCUGUCACAGAUGUCACAGCUAUCUGAUCACCUCAAGCACACUGACAACCUCAAGGUGCAAGAGGAGAGACUGACAUGGAUCUGCAGGAUCCCAACCCUCCAGGAGCUCAGCUCCAGUGUUACACCCAGACUAAUCACCUCUGGUAAUGUUAUUUCACUAGCAAUUCAGAGUAUGCCUGCCUAAUAUGCUAGACAUCAUCCUCCCUGCCCUGGAGAUUGUUUCCAGAAGGAAUUGGUUGUAAAUAAGUCCUAUGUUCCUGUGGGAUGAUGCAUUCUCUUUUAUCACAAAUCAGGAUGAAAGUUGCCUUACAGACCAGUCCAAAUGCAAAGCUUACGUGAUGAGAAAUAACUGCAUAGAUUUCUCCCCACAAGUCCUUUUCCAAAUGCAAAUUUUAAGACAAUGCAUUAAUUAAAAUGCUGAAAAUAUUUUUUAAAUAAUUUGUUUAUGAUUCAUUCGUUCUUCUUUGAAAAUCAUAGUAAGGUGUAAUAUAUGUAUAUAGUUUUUAAGGUCAGAGUUAACUCAUUUAUAUACUUCCCUUUUCCUUUUUAUAGAGUCUUAGUUAUGAUAAUUGGUGCUCCCCCAAACUAGCAGUCAGGAUUAGAAUGAAGUUUGGAGGAAUACAUUUGAACCUUUUGAUCUGAAAUAAGCCUUUCUUGGUGAUGUUGCUUUGAGUUCUAGAUAAUGUGGGGGUUGGUCGGGGGAGGCCCUGUCAGGGAUAUGGUCCAAGAACCCAUCUGUUCAGAGGUAAGAUAAACAAAAGCAUCAACCAAGAAACUAUAGAAGGCUGUGGCAACAAACAGACUCCAAGAAACACUUUAGAUAAUCUCAGGAUUAAUACAGCUGGUGGUUCUCCAAAUCUGCUGAUAUCAGAAUGAUUUAGAGAGAUUUUUGACCUCUCAAUCCCCAGAGUGCAUAUAAGGCCAACUAAAUCAGUGGCUCUGGCAGAGGGAGUUAGUCUCAGUAUUCUUGCAAGGUCCCCUGGUGAUUCCAAGAUGCAGAUGAAUUUGAGAAUUAGUGGCUUAGAUCACCAAGCCAACAAAUGUAACCCAAUAACUACUAAUAAAACCCUUACAGUGAGUGAAGAUUUAAAAGAAUCCCAAAACAAUAGCAUCUAUGGCAUCUAUAAUUAGAAUACAAUGCAGAGCUUAUAGAGCACCAAAGGGGAUCCCCAAUGACAGAGAAGUUAUUUCUAGUAGAGUCAAACAUGGUGGGAGUUCUUUGCAUUCACAGAUGCGUCUAAGGUGGGUUAAGACUUUCAGCCUGAGGGUCCCACAGUGGUGACAGCCCAAGCAAAGCCCUAAGAGAGCAAAAGCACUCAAUGUGUUCCUGAGUCAAUGAACUGAGCUUGAGUGUAUGUUACCAGUAGAAAAGCUGAAUUUGCACAGCCAGGAAGCUCAGUGUAGGAGUCCAUAAAUGUGGGCUAAGAAUUUGUAUUUCAUUUGGUGGGCUCAAUUAUUUUUUAAAUUAUUAUUAUGAGACUCAAGAUUUAGAAAUAUCAAUCUUCAAUUUUACAAGCAUUGGAUGGAUGGAACAUCAAAGACCUGAACCAAGAAUGUAAUUAGGACAGUGUUAUCGCCACCAGAAGAAGUUGUGCAAUUGUAGAUUUUAAGAAGGAAGAAAUGAAUAAAAGGAAUUCUGUGGCACAAAAACCUCUACUCAUAAUAUAAUCUGGACACCCAAGACCUUUUGAGUUCUUCUACCAUGAAAUUUUCAAACUAAUAUAUGUAAUAAAUUAAAUUAGUGUACAGUACCUUACAAAUAAGUAUUUAAAUCCAUGGUCUUAGUAGAGUAUUACAGUAACCAAUUGUUCACACCUCACAUGAACUACUUAGAAUACUCAGAUGUGUAUUUUAAUAAUUAUAUGUCUGUGGUUUUGACAUACAAAGCCACGCAUUUUUAUUUACAGAGUUACAGUAUUGCCACAAAAUAUCAGGAAAUCACUCUGUCUUCAUAGAAUGAUUGAUUUGUUUCUCUGCAUAUUUAGCUUGGGAAAAAUGGUUCACUUUAUUGAUAUCAUUUAAAUACAGUAAAUAAAAGAUUAAAGAAGAAAUUCAAUUCAAAGAAGAAAGAAGAAAAAUAUUAGAAAAAUGAAGGUACAUCUGACCUUUUGAAAGAUUGCUGGGUGGUCAGAGAACUACAUAUGGUACUUAUCUGUAUGUAUAUGUUAUAGCUAGAGAAUCUACAAUAAGAUCUCAAUCAAUCUACAGAUCUAAAUAUUUUGAUUAACAAAAUUUGUUUGCAUUUCAGGGAAUUUAGCAAUUCAGGUAACACACAUGUGUAAACAAGAUCACUGUUCUUCCCACAAUUAGAGAUCUGAUUUUCAGUCACCUUUUCAGAGUUUUGUGUAAGUCUCAUAUCUUUAUUCCAUACUUAUGUAUGAUAUUAGCAUAUUUAACCAUCAGCAUUGGUUUAUGUUCGAUAUGUAUGUAAAAUGUAGUUUCACAAUGUAUCCUACACCUAAAGCAGCGAUAGAAUUCAAAAGAUGAACUAUCUGACCCUAUUUAAUCCAAACCUUUUCCUAUGGAAUAAUUUUCCUGUCAAAUAUUUCACAUUCAUAUAUAUACACUAACAUUCACACUUAAAUGUAAUUCGUAUGCUCUUUCAGCCCUCAAAGAACAGCUACAAUACAUGAGGAAAGAGGGUCCAGAUGGCAGAUUAAAAGCCAUAAGAACAGUUGGAUCUUGGAGGCACUGUCAUGCCAUGUACCCGUGAGUCAUGGCUUUCACCGGAUAACUUAUUGCAAAAAUAUGUAAUUCUCUGUUAAUUCAUUGGCUCACCAAGUCUUUCAUUCCACAAGCAUCUUAAACAUCCUCUACAUGCCACACUUGAGAAGGAGUACAGCAAACUCCAGGGCAGCCGCUACCCACCAAGGGAUUCAGAACUAGACUAGUAAGUACAAUCACUGUACACGGCUGUAACGAAAGGAAAGAAAUGGGUGUCACCAGCAGGCCAUGAUUCUCAGGGUGAAGCUGGCAUCAGACCACCUGGGAGGCUCAUCUGGUCACAGGUCACAGACUGCAUGGGCCCCUCCAGAGCUUCUGAUUCAUUAGGUCUGAGAUGAGACUUGAAAACUUGCAUUUCCAACAAACUCUUGGGUGGUGCUAGUGGGACUGCCCUGGGGAGUCAUAUUUCACUAUGUGAAGAGCAGUGGUGUUCUGAGAGUAACUGGAUUAAAUCUACCCAGAAGAGGAGGUGAGGACCAGGUCAGCUCCUCAUCAACAGGGCUGAAAGACCGCAUAAGCUCAGUGUGCAGCAGCAUCCUGGCUCCAGAAACAAGGCCCCCUCAUUAAGGCUGUGCUGGCCAAGUCCUCCUACAGAUGGGACUCAUUGGAAGGCUUGCUACACUCUGGGCUGGACCCAUAGAACCUCCAUUUACAGCAAGUCACCCAAAGGGGUAUGCUCAUACAGAAAACUUAGGACACAUGGAACCAAGGUGUGGAGUAGGACAGAACACAUCAUUGUUAGACAACUGGUAAUGUAGAAAAUUUGGCUAAAACACUGAGGUUGCCAGCUAAUUUACAGGACAUGAGUUAACUUCCAAUAUAGAUAAAUAAUGGAUAAUAUUUUCAGUACAAGUAGGUCUUGUGCAAUAUUUGGGACCUAUUUAUACUAAAAUUAUUUGUUGUUUAUCUGAAAUUCAAAUUUUAUUGGACCUCCUGUAUUCCUAUUCCCUGAAUCUACCAGCUUGGAAAAUGUAGGAUGUAUGUCAGAUGGGAGGAAGAACCAGAAGGAAUAAGGCUGAAACAACAUUAUGUGAUGCUAAACAAUAAAAUAUUGUUGUGCACACAGUGAAUAUCAGUGAGGUUCAAAGGGCUUUGCUAAUGUCAGUCCUCCCAAGCCCUGGGAUCAUCCCUCACAGCCCUCACACUACCACAUGCCUGGGCAAAGUUUACAGAGCAAGGUAUUUUUGUAUUCUGUUUCUUAAAAGAGGACCAUCUCACCAUUCAGUCAAGUUGACAGCCAGGAUUCACCACCACAGACUCCACACAUUUAUACACUUCAGACUUUACAAAAUUUGAUCUGCCCCUGCAUGUGGGAUCACCAGAAGUAUCCAAUAAAGCACAGAAAGGACACUGAUAAACAUUUACCUUGGGCCGCAGGUUAAUGCUAAGUUCAAUCAAACCCCAGAGCAUUUGAAGGUCAUUUUGUUCCUCUCUCCCCAAGAAGCAUUUCUUGAAGUCCAAAUGGUUCAAUAUUGGCAAAAUGUAGCCUACUCUUUGAAAUAACCUAGAUAGGUACAAUGAAUUUCCUAGUUGCACACUACUGAGUAUUCCACUUCCCAAAUAUAUUUGACUGUGGGACAUUAUGUUCAUGGAGGAUCUUAAAGGACCAGGGUUCCAUAGAGCACACUCUGGGUAAUGUCUUGCCAGAGAAGUUUAUCUUUGCUAUCAAAGUACAAAGGAGUAUAUGUUAAAAUACCAAAGGAAGUGGUAUUAAUAGGCCAAUGUGAAAAUCAGUUUUAAUUUCCUAUACAAAAUUGUUCUUUUCUAGAUAGUCAACUGAUUCACCACCUCACAGGACACUUCAUAGAAAAAUAACUUAACAGCACGGGUAACUGGAUUAAGUGUCUGAGCUUCAAUUAAAACAAGACAGAACUGAUUUUUCCCAUGUGUUCCAGCAGAAAUUCAGGGAGUAAUAAGUGAGUAGAUAGAAACCAAGCUGAACUAGGCCAAAGGAGUGAAAUGUGAAGAAAAAAAUUGCCAGGUGGCCUGAAAGCUAAAUGCACUAGUAGUUUGUUUUAUUUUUCACUCUUUGAAAAAUUCUGUAGCAUUUUGGCAUGAUUGGAAAAUUAUGGUUUUAAACAAAACAAAGUUAUUUCUUUGAGAACUUUAAUAAGGGGGGAAAGGGUAAUGGGCCUACAUUAAAAAUGUAUUUUACAUGUUGAAAAUGGCUGUGAGCAGAUCUUUGGUCUCAGCACCACAGGUAAGGAACUAUGGUUGCCAGACUAGGUCUAUCGAGAAAGAAAAGAAAAGACAAAAAGAAAAAAGAAAGGAAAGGAGAGGAAGAAGGGAAGGGAAGGGAAGGGAAAGGAAGGGAAAGGAAGGGAAGGGGCCUAGUCUAACAAAAGCAAUAGUUGGAAAUCUCCAAAGUUAUUAAAAAUCUUCCAGGCCUCCAAAUGGCCAAGUUGGUCAUACCAAACAAGUUUCGAUAAAGAAAUGUUGAAACUCAGAGUCACACACAAAAUCUGUCUAGAGGUCAAAGAUCUCUUACCAAACAAACAUUCCAGUAGGUUUACUUUAUGUAUGAUAUAUAAAUUCUUAGAGUUCUUGUUUGUUUUCAAUAAUAAGAAGUUAAAGCUAAAUGUUGCUAAAGAGAAUAAUUAUUGAUUGGAAGAAAUUUUUCAACAAUCAGAAAUAUGAGCAGUCACUUAAAAACUAGGCAAAUAAAAAGAAGAAAGAGAAAUAAACUAUUUGCUUGAACUGAAAUACUGAAUUGUGAAACAUUGACAAGAUCAGAAGUAUUAGAUGCCUGCUCUUAACCUAACCUAAAAAAUGUUCAACAUUAUUAUUUAGUAUAUGCAUGCUAUAAUGAAUAUAAAUUAUUCUAGGAAUUUUUGUUGUUGUUAUUGCUGUUGUGACUGUUGUUUUUGUUUGUAUGAAAUGUAUUUUGGACAGACUAUUAAGGUAGGCCGGCAAUGAUAUCCAAUCAAUUGAGUAAUGUAUUAACAAUAUAGAAGAUACAAACUUGAGAGUAUAAAUCUUUCUGCUUAAUAUUAAAACAAAUUAGUAAAUACAAGUACAAAGAGAUUCCCAAACUCGUAAUUUGACCCAAAGGAAGAAGUACUUGUAAAAUACAACAAUCAGGCAAGAAUCAAGAGAGAAA